AUCAACAACCUCAGUCGGUUGCUGCAGGAGCAGGGCGACCUGGACGGCGCGGAGGCGCUGUACCGCGAGGCGCUGGAGGCGAAGCGAGAGACGCUCGGCGACCGGCACCCGAGCACGCUCACCACAAUCAGCAACCUGAGCUCGCUGCUGAGCGCCAAGGGCAAUCUGGACGGUGCAGAGGCGCUGUGUCGCGAGGCGUUGGAGGGACAGCGUUGGAGGGACGGCGACCGGCACCCACUCACGCUCCGCUCGAUCAACAACCUCGGCAUGCUGCUGAAGGCUAAGGGCGACCUGGACGGCGCGGAGGCCCUGCUCCGCGAGGCGCUGGAGGGGUUUCGAGAGACGCUCGGCGACCGGCACCCGCACACGCUUCAUAUC